AUGUAUCAAUUAGCUGCUUUAAAAAGCACAAUUAAUUCAAUUCACACCGAUCACGACAGAAAGAUAUAUGAAAUUUUCAGUGAAAUUCAACAUACGAAAGAGAAGUUAAAAGAAAUACUUCACCGUAUGUUAGAUUGUUCGGAAAUAGCUCUGAACAAAGAUAUUUUAGAGCGAAAUAUAGAAGAACUAAUGCAAAAAAUCGAUAAACAAACUGAAAAUUUGGAUAAGUCCGUUUUACUGGGCUUAAUUUUCCAACAGCUUGGCCUUGCGGCUAUACUCGCAGGAAUCAUGGCUUUAUCUGCUGGAGCGGGUGCAUUUGGAGUGGGAACAUUGGGCGUCGGGUUAUUGGCUGGCAAUGCCACCAGUGAAAUAAUAUUUCAUGUGAAAUUAUUCAAGCUGAGCACCGAAAUACAAGAAUAUAUUGGUACGAUUUCACGGCAAAAAACUCAACAAAUAGCACGUAUGAAAAAAUAUUUCGAUAAUUUUGAACAACGUGUACGUCAAAGAAAUGCUAACCAACUCAAAAUCGACAUCGUUUGGUAUGAUAAAGAGAUCCAUCAUCAAGAAAAUCAAUACUUUGCCAAGGAAUUAUCGCAUCAAUUUUCACCAAACAAUUAUCAAGUUGUCCUUUUUGAUAAUGAACAUCGAGUGAUAAACUUUGUUCAAACAAAUAUUACAAAUAAUAUCAUUUUGAUCACAACAGGAUCAGCUGGGAGAUCUGUAAUUUCUGCAAUUGGACAUUAUUGUAAUAUCACAGGUAUUAUUCUAUUUUGUAUGAGAGUUGAUGUUCAUCGAUCAUGGACAGAAAAAUUUAAAAAAAUCUUAUUGAUUACAAACCAAUUCAAUGAAGUUGUCGAAAAGAUAAAACACAUUGAAUGUGGUGAUAUUUAUUUUGUAAACAAUGGACUUUCAAUCGGAGAUGCACGAUUAAAAAUGCCAAAUAUUGAAGUUUAUUUAUCAAUAAAUGCAAAUGGAUCUAUCAUUAAUAAUUUUCUAUCAAUUAGACGCGAACAACUUCAUCAUCGAACCAAUAUGGAACAAUUAUAUAGAAAAAUUAUGUCAAAAAAUAUUUAUCCAAAUGGAAUACCAGAUCAUCUUCAAUUGGCAAAUUUGAACUGUUUUAUUAGCAAAUUUCUCGAAGCACUUCAACAACCAAAACCGGAAAUAUCAAUCAUCACUUUGUAUACAUUAGAAGCUCCACAUUAUUACAAAAUUCUUAAUGAUAUUCUCAAUCGAUUAGACGAAGAAUUGAUUUUAUUGAUUGGCGAUUAUGUAAAAGCAUUACGAUAUGCUUUACUCGUCUACGAAGACCAAAAAAAUAAAAUACAAAAGAAGACGAAUAUGACUUUUUAUCGAGGGUUAUGUUUGACGAAAGGAAACAGUUUUCAAGAAUUUUUGCGAAAAUUUCGAGUUGGAGAUUUCAUUAUAUUUCCAUCGUUUUCGUCAACUAGCAUGGAUAAGAGAGAGGCUGAAUCAUUUACCAAAGGAAAAGGUGUUAUUUUGGAAAUAUCCGUUGAUUGUACUCAAAUGAACAGACCAAAAAAUAUUUCGGCUGUAUCAAAAUAUUUAGAUGAAGAUGAAGUAUUACUUGACUGUUUCAGUAUAUUGGAAGUGCAGGACAUCAAAAAGGUUACUGAUAACAUAUUUUUCUAUACAUGUGAAUUGAAACUUCACAUAUGA